AUGUCUUCCCUUGAAGCCUCGUUAGCUGCUUUGUCUUUAUAUCAGGAAGUUCCUGAGGGCGCUAUUCAAGCCAAAUCUUUGGUUUUCAAAGAAAAGAAGAGCGGCUCUCCAGUUGUUCUUAUCGCUUUGUCCUCUACCAAAACUGAUUCCAAAGUCGUCGCCAAAUCUGUCUCUGGUAAAGAAGUCAGAAUUGCUAAUGAUGACUUCGUUAAUGAACAUUUCAAAGUCAAUGCUAAAGAAUUUUCCAUUGCUAACAUAAAUACAUCCCAAGCUGGUAAAUAUAAAAUUGUUUUAGAUUCCCAAAUUGCCUGUGCUGAAUCCAGUGCUGUAUUGGUUUUGUCUACUGAAAGCUCAAAAUUAGCAUUGGAAGCUUCCAAAUUGAAUGCUUAUUUGAAAUCCACUGGUAUUGAAAUCGUGGAAGUUGAUUUCACUGCCACCCCAGCUGCCCCAGCUCCAGCCAAGAAGGAAAAGAAGGAAAAGAAGAAGGUCGCCGCUCCAUCUGAUGCCGCCUUGGAUGAUGCCAAGUUAAUCGGUAUUACCGUUGACAAAUUCAAGGACUUCCCUAACUGGUACUCUCAAAUCUUGACCAAGGGUGAAAUGUUGGAUUAUUAUGAUGUUUCUGGUUGUUACAUCCUUCGUCCUCCAUCAUACGCUGUUUGGGAACAAAUUCAAGCCUUCUUUGACAAAAGAAUCAAGUCCAUUGGUGUUCAAAACGCAUAUUUCCCAAUGUUUGUCUCUUCCAGAGUUUUGGAAAAAGAAAAGGAUCAUAUUGAAGGUUUUGCUCCAGAAGUCGCCUGGGUGACUAGAGCUGGUAACUCCGAAUUGGAUCAACCUAUUGCCAUCAGACCAACUUCUGAAACCGUCAUGUACCCAUACUACGCUAAGUGGAUUAGAUCUCACAGAGAUUUGCCAUUGAAGUUGAACCAAUGGAAUUCUGUCGUUAGAUGGGAAUUCAAACACCCACAACCAUUCUUAAGAACCAGAGAAUUUUUGUGGCAAGAAGGUCACACCGCCCACUUGACUGCCGCUGAUGCUCAAAAAGAAGUUUUGGAUAUUUUGGGCUAUUAUCAAGCCAUUUAUGAAGAAUUAUUGGCCGUUCCAGUCAUUCCUGGUAAGAAAACUGAAAAGGAAAAGUUCGCUGGUGGUGAUUAUACCACUACUGUUGAAGGUUACAUUCCAGCCACCGGUAGAGGUAUCCAAGGUGCUACUUCCCAUCACUUGGGUCAAAACUUCUCUAAGAUGUUUGGUAUUAGUGUCGAGAACCCAGAAGGAAAAGAUUUGCCAAAGGUUAAUGUUUACCAAAACUCCUGGGGUUUGUCUACUAGAGUUAUUGGUGUUAUGGUCAUGGUUCACUCUGAUAACAAGGGUUUGGUUAUCCCACCAAGAGUUUCCCAAAAACAAGCUGUUGUUAUUCCAGUUGGUAUCACGAAGAAGACCACCAAAGAAGCUGAAAAUCAAAUCUACGAAGCCGCUAAGGAUGUUGAGGCCAGAUUGGUUGAGGCCGGUGUCAGAGCUAUUGGUGAUUACAGAGAUAUUUACUCUCCAGGUUGGAAAUUCUCUGAUUGGGAACUUAAGGGUUUACCAAUCCGUAUUGAAUUGGGUCCAAAGGAUUUGGAAAAGAAGUCCGUCACAGUUGUCCGUCGUAAUGAUAACAAGAAAUACACUGUAUCCAUGGAUAAUUUGGAAAAGGAAAUUCCAGAAAUCUUGGAAGAAUUACAGAAAGAUUUGUUUUUGGCUGCUAAGGAAAAGUUUGACACUCACAGAGUUAUUGUUGAAAACUGGGAUGAGUUUGUUCCAGCUUUGAAUAACAAGAACCUUAUCUUGUCUCCAUGGUGUGGGGUUAUGGAAUGUGAGGAGGAUAUUAAGGAUUCUAGUGCCAAGAAGGCCGAAGAAGAGCAAGAUGAAGAAGUUGAUGACAAAGCUCCAAGUAUGGGUGCCAAGAGUUUGUGUAUUCCAUUCAAUCAACCAACAUUGAAGGCUGGCACUAAGUGUGUUAAGUGUGCUAGAAAAGCUAUCAACUAUACCAUGUUCGGUAGAAGUUAUUAA